AUGAUCAAGCGUCACGGUGCCUUGUUCAUUUUGGAGAAAUUAGAAAUCUCAAGAACUCUCACGAAUCCCUUUGCAGAAUCAGACAUCGCGAAGGAUGUCGGGACAACCUUUUUAAAGAGCGCUGCGAAGGAGAGUGGCAAGCAAGCCGUGGAUUAUGAGAAAGACCAUGGCCAAGAACAGUUAGCUGAAGCAAGACAAAAGAUGGAUCAAGCCAAGGCAGAGGCUCAGCAAAUGGCUGCAAAUCACGCAGGGAGAGGCGACACUUCCGAGUCUGCAGACUGUCAGUUGGCGAAAGUCGAAAAAGCGUUCCUUGUUUGA